AUGGCGCUCUGCAUUGCGAAGAGAGCAGAUGGAAUGUUUUUCUGGGCUCGAAUCAUGCUGGAUCAACUGGUAGCAAACAAGUCGUUGUUGGAACGUGACAAGGUUCAGGCAACAAUCGAUUCAACGCCUCAAGAAAUCAUGACAUACCUGGAACAGAAAUUCGAAGGCGAAAGGAGCUUCAUAAGAAGAAAGGGGAAAAUACUCGGCACAGCUGCAAAACUAGCCAUUGGCUGGAUUGUCAACUCAAAAGAGCCUCUAACCGUGGACGAAUUGAUUGAUGCGAUGCGCAUUAGCAGUGAUCUGGGAGUACUCAAACCAAGUGAGAUAAAAGAAAUUGGGCCCCAAAUGGUGAGCUAUGUUCAUUACAUGGUUUAUGACAAGCCCCAUGGAGCCAUUCACAUACCCCUUCGAAGUGUGCGCCUGUAUCUUCAGCAUAAGGUUGCCACCGACUGGAUCUCGGAUAUCGACGCUGUUAUUGGGAGGACUUGCAUCGCUUACUUGUCACGGAGUGUCUUCAAAACAGGUCUAUGCUUUUCAGUCCCAGACUCUGAAGCUCAACUUGAAUCAUACCCUCUCUAUGCCUACGCCGCUAAACAUUGGGGACAUCACGCAUCUAAAGCGACGGGUUCCGAUCUUCAACGGAUUGUCGACUUUCUAGAUCACGACCUUUUAGUGGGCAACGCUUACCAAGCUAUGAAAGAAGCCCAAUCGGAGCCUUCAUGGGAACUGGAAACAGGAGUGACUGGCUUACACCUAGCUGCUUUGUUCGGGUUGGAAACAGUGGUACACGCAAUGCUCAAGCCUGGGCAUGAUAGAUCCACCGCAAAAGACAGUCUUGGGCGUACCCCAUUAGAUUGGGCCAUCAAGGGAAACCAAAAGGCAGUUGAGGAACUGCUGCGGAAUCAUCUUACGGUUACCACUUCUGAUGGAAAUGGUUACGGUCCCAACGAGCGUAGGGCAUGGAACAGAACCCAGUUGCACGAAGCUGCGAUGCAAGGUGACAUAACCCCAGUUCAUAAGCUUCUAAGAGAAGGUGCUAGUAUCGACGCCAAAGACAACAAUGGGGAAACGGCCUUGAACAUUGCGUUUCGAUUAGGGUUGUUCGAAGUUGCCAAAGUGCUGCUCGAAUGUUCAGCAAGCACGACUGGUAUUACUGCAACCGACCUCCGAAGAGUGUAUGAGAAGAACAAUUCGGACGUUCUUCACUUGGUACAAUCACCUCGCGGCAAGAGCUCAUUGGAUUUUCUCUUGGAUUCAGACACAGACAUCAUCGAUGAAAUUCUCAGUUCAACAAUCCAGGAUACCAACCACAGGCAUCUGUUCGUGUUCGAUGAAAAGUCGACAAACUUUUGGGAAUCUGGCUGGUUUCCAAAAUCCCAUGCCGAAAAUGAGUUGAUUUUCAUUGAAGAGCUUCCUCAUGCGACCUCUGGAAAUCGGAGUGUUUAUCGAUAUUCUGCCUCAUUUCGCUUCCCUGUUUCGGAAAGCACUGAAGGCAUUCUCUCCGAUAUGUAUGGUAAGAAUUCUGGAAAGACACGAAUGGGGGUGUCCUGGAUAAUGGUUCAGCCCCAAAACGAAAGUCGAAGGUCCCGCUUAGAACCAGCUGCGUACUUCAGCAACCUGCCUCAAGUUUUCAUACCAAAUCAACAGCUGAGGCUUUUAAUGCAACUGAUUGAAUGCCUGAAGACCAGGUGGUUAGAAGUGUGCCAAGAGGGCCGAAAUCGGGUACAGGGAUUGCGGGAGGAGAUAAGGUGCAAAUCUGGGAACGAUCUGAGUCUUUUGGAACUCCUGAUGUUUCACGGGCAGGAGUGGGCGGCGAUGCGGCGACUACUGCAACGACAAGCCGACGCAACAAUUUCGUUCGGCGAGAGAUACCACCGCCACUAUUCCGAAUUUGACGCCAUGGAUGGACUCAAAGAGGCAGUUCAAGACUUGCAAGACAGCAUCGGGAAGCAAUUAGAUUCUCUGGAUUCGGCAUACGAAAUGUUCAUUGCAAUGGAGUAUAACCUAGUCUCCCUCAGGGAGGCUGAGCGAUCCAACUCGAUGGCUCAAAGCAUGAAGCGUCUAAGUUGGAUAACGUCUUUAUUUGGGAUGAAUAUCGAUUUGCUCAAGGAUAACCCGGACUGGCGCUGGUUCCUCUUGAUCGGAGGAAUAUUCUUGAGCCUCACCUUUACUGGAUGGCUAGUUUUUAAAUUCACUGAGUUUCGCAGCUUGAGGAUGGCCUAG